AUGUCUAGCGGACGGUCAUACACUACACAGACAUGGCUCGGAUUCCCUGAUGCUAAAUUAUGUGACUCUGAGGCACCUGAUGCGUAUUCAUCAUUCCUCGGAGGUUCACCAGUCUUUUUUGGCCAACAUUCGUGCAAUCCGGAGUUGCUGCGUUGUGGACGUUGUAAAGAGUACAUGCAGUUCGUGCUUCAGUGCUAUUCACCCCUUGAAGGAGAUGAUACGAAAGAACGGGCUUUGUACAUUUGGAUGUGUCACAAUGCUUCAUGUAAACGAAAUCCUGAGGGUGUACGUUGCCUUCGAGGGGAAAGGCUUCUUAAAAAUACUGAGCAAGAAACGAAAGAAUCGCCUCAGAAAACGAAGGAUUUGAGUACCAAUGUCGCUCAGAAACCAACCUUUGUAAAUCCGUUUUCUGCACCUUCGUCCAAUGCUACGGAGUUUGCCAAUCCCUUUUGCUCUUCUAGCACUCAGCAGCUCAGUAAUCCAUUUUUGUCAUCUACAUCACAGAAGACACCGUUUAGUCAGAUUGCUGCUAAACAUGCUACGAAAAAGGAUCCUGUGGUUGUACAUGAAACACAGUCAGCGAAGCGCACGCGUUUUACUAAUUCGUUUACUUAUCCGGAAGAAAUCCCACAAUUUCCGGGUACCUAUAUCGCUUUCGACAAAGAAGUGAUUCCUAUAAAGCAACAAGGAAAAUCUAAAAAGGAGAAGCAACUAAUGUUGGAUGCGACAGCUGAUCCUAGUGAUUGGGGCCAGGAAGGUUACGAGAAGUCUCCAGCGGUAUUCGAAAAGGCAUUCCGUCAAUUUACAGAGCGCAUUGCAUUCAAUCCUCAGCAGUGUGUUCGUUACGAACGUGGGGGAGCAGCGUUGUUGUCUUCUUUCCGAGAUCAACUUGGUUCCUCUAUUCGUUCUGCUUUAAAUGGUAAUAAAAACCCUUUUCCAAAUUGUCGGCAUUGUAAUUCGCCCAGAGUGUUUGAAUUGCAACUUGUUCCUCAGACUAUUUCGUUAUUGGAUGAUAUGGUCUCCGAAUGGACAUCCGUUCUGGUUGCAACUUGCGCCAUGGACUGCUUGCCUAGCGUUGAUCAAGACAUGUGCGGUUUUGUCGAUGAGUGGGUAGGUAUCCAAUUUGAAUAG